GCUAUUGUGGGACAGUCACGUGUGUCCCCGAGGUCCACGUGGGGCGACACAGCUGGGCCGCCCCCGGCUGCGUGGACGGGGGCGAGGAGGGGGAGAAAGGAAGAAGAGAGAAGAAAAAAAACCCCUCAUCCCCUCGCCCCCUUCCACCCUGAUCUUUAAUGCAUACACUCCCUCGGCGCCGCUCUCCCGUAAUCCUAUGGGAUCAGCGGGCCCGUGGAGGCCCCCCGGGGUCCCCCCCAAGAAGUGAUGGCUUUAUAAGGGGGCCGAAGAGAGAGGGGAUGCAGAGCCCACCAUGGCCUCCAAGCUCAAGGAGCGGAGGAGGACGCCGGUUUCCCACAAAGUGAUUGAGAAGCGGAGGAGGGACCGCAUCAACCGCUGCCUCACCGAGCUGGGGAAGACGGUGCCCAUGGCUCUGGCCAAGCAGAGCUCGGGGAAGCUGGAGAAAGCGGAGAUCCUGGAGAUGACGGUGCAGUACCUGCGAGCCCUGCACUCGGCGGACUUUCCCCGCGGCCGGGAGAAGGCAGAGCUGCUCUCCGAGUUCGCCAAUUACUUCCACUACGGCUACCACGAGUGCAUGAAGAACCUGGUCCACUACCUGACGACGGUAGAGAGGAUGGAGACCAAAGACACCAAGUACGCCCGCAUCCUGGCCUUUCUCCAGUCCAAAGCACGCUUCGUUACUGAGCCUCUCUUCACGUCCCUGGGCUCCCUCCCGGAGCCGGACUUUUCCUACCCGCUGCAUCCUGGGCCCGAGUGCCCCGGGCACGUCCACAGUCCCGCCGAGGGCGUGCUCCAGCCGCCCUCGGGGGGGCCAUUCCCCUGGCACGGCGCCGCCCGCAACCCCUCCCUGCCCUACCACUUGCCCAGCGCCGCCGUACCCCUCGCCAGCCCCGGCCAGCAGCGCAGCACUUUCCUCUCAUCCGUGCAGGGGCUGGACCGCCACUACCUCAACCUCCUCGGCCAUUCCCACCCCAACGCGUUCGGGCUGCCCCCGGGCCAGCACCCCUCCAUGCUAUAGAGACUCGUCCCGCCUAAAAAACAUCUAUUUAUGACCGCGGACACUGCGGGUUACACCCGGGCGCACGGGGAGGCUGCUGGGGGCAGGGAGAUGCGCAGGGGUCCCGGCUGGCGAGGAGCCCCCGGGGACCCAGCUCUGCCCCCGCCCGCCCUCUCCAAGGGCCUGAAGCUGUCCCCACCCGCUCGUCUUCCCACCUCCGGGUUCAGUGCCUGUACAAGUUAUGCCUUGGAAUAAAAGUUUAUA